UAGAGCCCUCUCUUCUUGCUCACUUCAAGAGAGCGAGGGAGGCGAACAGUGAUAGAGGGAAUCACUUCUCCAAAACGACGCCGUGACAGUGUUUCAGGAUAAAUCCCGGUAGAAGAAAACCCUAUUUUUCUCUUUGAAUGAGUAAUUGCAGUUUGGAACACUCUAACUAUAGGUCAUCUUUGGAUGAUUCAGAGAUUUCCCCUCUGACCCUUUGCUCUUAAAAUGAAUACAAGAGGUGGCCAGGCAUCUAGGGGUCCGAGGUCAAAAAGUUUUCAGGGAGAGGGGCCAAAUUGGAUUCUUAUUGCUGGUGGUGCCUUGCUGAGUACCUUAUCGAUCCGCUUUGGUUACAAGCUCAAGCAAGCACUUGACACCAAGCAACAUCAUAAUUCUUCUACUAGAUCGAAAGGGACUGGAACUUCUGACCAGAGGAGUUCUUCAGGUUGCCGUUUACACUCAAACAUGUAUUCAUUUACACAAGAAGAUGAUGAGUGUUUCAACUGCAUUUCAGGAGCGGAAAGCAUGGGGCGGAAGCACCUGCCUAACGGCCACUUUCUGCCUCCAUCUAAAGUUACUCUCCCUCUGGUGACAGUUCCCACCACUGAGUUCAACAAGGAUAAUGGUGUUAUGUGGGCAUCAUCUUCCGAUCCCCUUGAGUUGCCUUCAAAGCCAUUCCAUCAUUUUAAUUGCUCCGACUCACCAUGUGUCUCAGAAUCAGGCUCCGACAUAUAUAGCAAGCGGGAAGUGAUACAGAAACUAAGACAACAGUUGAAGAGAAGGGAUGAUAUGAUUCUGGAGAUGCAGGAUCAGAUUACGGAGCUUCAGAAUUCAUUGAAUGCUCAAGUGGCACACUCGAGUCAUUUACAAUCACAGCUGGAUGUUGCAAACAGAGACUUGUUCUACUCUGAGCGGGAAAUCCAAAGGCUGAGGAAGGCAACUACGGAUCAUUGCAUGGGACAUGUCAGCACGAACAAGCAGACUUCAACAGUUACAGCUCUGCCAUCUGACAAAAGAAAUGGCCAUGAAAACGGGUUUCUCGACAUCAAAACCAACUUGGAGUUUCCUGAGAAGGGAAGAGGAGACGGGGAGCAAAUCGAAAUGCUGAGGAGAGAAGUGGGAGAGUUGAAGGAGGUAAUAGAAGGAAAGCAAUACUUGGUGCAGAGUUACAAGGAGCAAAAAAUGGAACUUUCCAUGAAGGUCAAGGAGUUGCAGCAGAGAUUGGAUGAGCAGCUCCCCAAUAUUUUGUAAGUAAUGUUUUUAACAUUUUGUGCAUUCUUACUUGUUUUCUUUCUUUAAUUUGAAAUUGGAAAAAAUGCCUCUCUUUUACCAUUCUUUCCCGCUAUCAUUGUCUUUUAAGUUUAGUGUUAGAUGAUUGAUAUGUUCUUUGCUUAUGUCUUAU